CCCAUCAGCAACCCUGUGAAGCCCUGGGAGAGGUGUCAGCCAUGCGGAUCCUGUACCUGCUCUUCCCCUUCUUCCUCCUGCUGGUCCAGGGAGCUGCAGCUGGAAAAGUAGACAAAUGCAUAAAACGAGGAGGAAUCUGCGUUUUGGGGGGCUGUCGUUUCCCCUAUAAAUACGUGGGAACUUGUUCAGCCUUGAGUCACUGCUGCAAACCUGUGUGGGGUUGAGACCCUGAAAUUUCCGAGCAGGACGUUCCCCUCGCUUCUGGCUCCUGGAACCAUCUCUUGAUGUCCUCUCCCCUCCCUGCCUCUGCCUUGCCCGGCUGCUGGGACAGCAGC